AUUCAAGUUAGUUUAAUGUAUAAAAUAAUACUAAUGGAAAAAAAAAACAAUAUUUCUUAGUUUUUAGGCAAAAUAUGGGAUUCCCGAUCCCAAUCCCGAAUUCUCGAAAUAUUUAGGGAUAUCGAUAUUACCGGGAUUUAAUAUUAUAGGACGGGAUUGAAAUUUAAAAUUUCUAUCCCGAAUCCCGAAAUCCCAAUCCCGAAAAUCCCGAAUUCCCGAAAUCCCGUCCCGAACUCACCCCUAAUCAAAACAACCCACAUUUUAUGUGGUCAACGUUAGAAAACUUAACACCGUUAGUUUUACAUCAAAACCGUUAGUUUUGUUGGUGUUUUACGCUUUUGCCCUUAAAAUUUCUUCUUCCUCCCUUCUCCCCUCCCUUCUCCUUCUUCUUCGUAAUUUUUCUUUUUCUUUCUUUAUUUCUCCCUUUUUAUUUCUUCUGAUUCAAAAACUGGAUUAAAAAGCUGUUUGUAUUCUUCCACUUUAUAUAUAUAUAUCAACAAAUAGAUAUUCUGUUCCUUUACUAGUUUACGCAAUUGAAUCACUACUUUUAUCCACAAAUCAACCACAUGCGACUUGGGCUGUGGAAUGAGGCGGCAGAGUCGAUGGCGGAGAUGUCGGUGGUGGUUAAUCGGAAUAGAAGCGUCGGCGACGCGGCGGAGUUUCUUCGGGUCAGUUUCAUUGGGCCGCACAGUUUAUUCAUAAACAUUUAUAUUCAACAGAGGGGUAAACUUGUCCGACAUAUACAACAGCUGGAAUAAAGAUAAUAACCCAAAAAAAUCAACAUGCCACAUCUGCAAAAGUGGACGGAUAUUUAAUGGAGGGGCUGUGUUGAUUCGUUUCAAAGUUUAGGGGGAUUUUCUAUACGUUGGGUAUAGUUCAGGAAACAAUCCCUCUCUCUCUCUUUCUACCGCCACCACUACUCCGCCGCUUCCCCUCCAAACACCAUCCUCUACAGAACCGGCGGCAGCUCCCUCCUCCUCCGGCCAUUCGAUGGCGCCAAAUAAUUCUAAUUCGCAAAAACACCCGCCUUUCGAUCCUUUACACGGCGUCAUCAAAUUCUUCCAAGGGUUCGGCUCCCUCAUCUUCAACAGCCACCGCAGCGGCGGCGGCGGCGGAGGAGAGAGAAACCACAAAGAAAACGCACCGUCCAAUAUUUUCUGCCCACCGGCGCUGGCGCUAGAAGACAAAUCCCGACCAUGGGAUUCCCACGGCCUAGAGGCCGGCGUGGUGGUGCAGCUAAAAAGGCUGAGCGGGUACAAAAAGUACAAAGUCUCCAGAAUAAAUUUCCUCAACCCCCGCACACGCGCCGCCGCCACAGGCGCGGAGGAGUCCUUCUCCGACAUGGUCAGCCUCCAGCCCGGCGGCGUCUACACAAAGCAAACCCUAAUUCAAGAGCUGGAGUCCCUCUCAUCCUCACCCUACUUCGACAAAAUCGACUUCGACUUCAAAACGAACCCCGACGGCUCGGUCGACGUCAACAUACCCUUCGAAGAGACGGUGUACCCGUCCAAAUCGCGAAUAAGGUGCGUCAGCAUAGGGUUGAUCCCUGACGAACAGCCCGUCGAGAUCGACCCCAACAUGACGGCGAAGGAACAAGUUGAGUUGAUGAGGAGGGAGAACGAAAAGUAUAAGAGGAGAAUCAACGGCGGCAGAGAGUGCAUCUUGCCGAAAGAAGUCGAGGGUGAGAUUCGGGGGAUGCUCAUGCAGACAACAUGUUUGAGAGCGAGCCUCUUACGAAGGGUACUGAAUAAAAUACAAAAGUGGUACCACGACAACGGGUACCAUGGCGCGUUCGUCAUAAAUCAUAAUAAUCUCGAAAACAAUCACGGCGGAGAUAUUGUUGUAGAGAUGGUUGAAGGGGAUAUAACUAAGCUUGGGAUUGUGUUUCAACACAAGUUGGGGAUUGUUUGUGAAGGAAAUACCGAUAUUGCUCUUAUCAAGAGAGUACUUCCUAAGGAGGUUGCGGUAGGCAAUGUUUAUAACAGAAGGGCGUUUGAGGAAGCUAUGCAAAACCUUGGAUCUCUCAAUAUUUUCUCUUCUAUAAGUAGCGGUUAUGGAUCGGACGAGAAAAAUAACGGAGGCAUCUCUGCUCAAUUCGCAUUGCAAGAACUACAACAAAAGUGGUCCGAUGUUAGUACGGAAUGGAGUAUUGUACCGGGCCGUAACAGCCGACCAACACUGGCAUCUAUACAGCCCGGUGCAACUGUGUCGUUCGGCUAUCGGAAUAUCAAAGGGCUAAAUCGGUCAUUACAAGGUGCAAUCACCCUCGGCAACCUCUUCAGUCCUGAGGACGAUAUUAGUUAUAACUUUGACUACACCCACCCAUACUUAGACGGGAUAGAUGACCCAAGGAAUCGAACUUUCAAGGCGGAGUGCUUCAAUACUAAAAAAGUCAGCCCCGUUUGCACGGGCGGGCCAGGGGUUUCAAACAGCCCGAUAUGGGUAUGUAGGGACGGGAUUAAGGCCACCAUCACUGAGGAUUAUAGCAGGCAGAGCAAAUUCAGCUAUGGACUAGUGAUGGAAGAGGUAAAAACACGAGACGAAGGAGGUGAUAUUGUGGGAAGGGGCAAUACGGUGUCGUAUAAUGGAGAAGUUAUAGCAAACGGACCUCCAACGACUUUGAGCGGAACGGGGGUUGAUCGUAUGGCCUUCUUACAAGCUAAUCUAACACGAGACAAUACUAGAUUUCUCAACGGCGCAUUAGUUGGCACGAGGGAUAUUUUUCAGGUAGAUCAAGGGCUCGGCAUUGGUAGUAAGUUUGCAUUUUUCAACCGUCACAAAAUAUCGACGACAAGAUUCUUCCCGCUAAUGAAAGUUGAGGAAGGCAAAGGCAAAGCGCCGCCGCCAGUUUUAGUCCUCCACGGCAUGUACGGCGGUUGUGUCGGAGAUCUUCCAAAUCAUGAAGCUUUCACCAUCGGCGGACCAACUUCUGUAAGGGGAUACAGCGUUGGAGAGAUUGGGGCGUCAAGAAACAAACUCGAGUUAGCUGCUGAGAUAAGAGUACCAGUUAAAGAAAGUGCAUAUGCUUAUGCAUUUGCAGAACACGGUAACGAUUUGGGGAGCUCGGUAUCAGUCGAAGGAAACCCUACAAAGUCGUACAUGCGAAAUGGCCACGGUUCAUCGUACGGCGCUGGGGUCAAAAUCGGCAAUGUGAGAGCAGAGUAUGCCGUUGAUCACAAUUCCAACAAAGGCGGCUUUUUCGUUCAUUUUGGAGAUAGAUUUUGAGCCGUAUAAAUAAUUCGUCCUUAUUUAUUUUACGCAAGUAUUUUUAUAGAAUUAUUUGUGGAGUAAUAGAACAAAAUUCAGUAAAUAAUUAUACCUUUUUUUUCCUUUCUUAAAA